CCCGAGGCCCCCGCGGCUGACAGAGAGCGGCCCUCGCCGCUGCUGCCUGCCUUCGGCCCCCAACUCUCACGCCGCGGCUCCACGUGGACUCCAGCCGCACCAGCCCCAACAACCCGGAGCUACAGCUCAACUUUUUGAUCGGAACUUCCGCUUCCGGCCUUAGACCCACACUUCCGGUUCGUCGUUGCUAUAGGAACCACCCAGCGUUUGAAAGUGCCGGGUUGCUCGGCAUCCGCAGGGGUAGUACUUCUCGAUACGUGCGUGCUCUGGUGACCCAGAGAAGAAGCGACAGAACUCUGACAGGAGACCAUGUCUACCGUGGUAGCUCAGUCGCUGCAUGUUUUUGGUCUUCGAUCCCACGUAGCCAACAAUGUAUUCUUCUUCGAUGAGCAAAUCAUCAUAUUUCCUUCAGGAAAUCACUGUGUGAAGUACAAUGUGGAUCAGAAAUGGCAAAAAUUCAUUCCAGGCUCAGACAAGAGUCAGGGCAUGUUGGCCUUGUCCAUCAGUCCCAAUCGGCGAUACCUCGCUAUCUCUGAGACCGUGCAAGAAAAACCUGUCAUCACCAUUUAUGAAUUGUCAUCCAUCCCUUCCCGGAAGCGCAAAGUCCUUAGUAAUUUUGAAUUCCCAGUUCAUAAAUUUAUUAGCAUGGCUUUUUCUCCAGACUCCAAAUACCUAUUGACUCAGACAUCACCUCCAGAGUCAAACCUUGUCUAUUGGCUGUGGGAAAAACAGAGAAUAAUGGCCAUGGUUAGAACCGACGCUCAAAACAACCCUGUCUACCAGGUGAGCUUUAAUCCCCAGGAUAACACUCAGGUUUGUGUCACUGGACAUGGGAUGUUUAAGCUUCUCCGCUUUGCUGAGGGAACCUUGAAGCAGACCAAUUUCCAGAGGGGAGAACCCCAGAACUAUUUAGCCCAUACCUGGGUGGCUGAUGACAAGAUUGUCGUUGGCACUGAUACAGGCAGGCUCCUCCUCUUUGAAUCUGGAGAUCAGCGCUGGGAGACAAGUAUAAUGGUCAAGGAGCCCACCAAUGGCUCAAAGAGCCUGGAGGUCAUCCAGGAAUCAGAGAGCCUGAUCGAAUUUCCACCAGUCAGUUCUCCAGUCCCCUCCUUUGAACAGGCCGUGAGGACCAGUAGCCACAGCUCUCUGGGGAUGCCGCAGGUGUUUGCCAUCGCAGCCUACUCAAAGGGCUUUGUCUGUUCUGCCGGGCCAGGGAGGGUUCUGCUCUUUGAGAAGUUGGAAGACAAGGAUUUUUACCGUGAGAGCAGGGAAAUCCGGAUUCCUAUGGACCCACAGAGCAAUGACCCAAGUCAGUCUGACAAACAGGACGUUCUCUGCAUGUGCUUCAGCCCCUCGGAGGAAACCCUGAUUGCCAGCACCAGUAAGAACCAACUGUACAGCAUCACCAUGUCCCUGACAGAGAUCAGCAAGGGGGAGCCUGCUCACUUUGAGUAUCUGAUGUACCCGUUACACUCAGCACCCAUCACCGGGCUAGCUACCUGCAUCCGCAAACCCCUCAUUGCCACCUGUUCUCUGGAUCGAUCCGUUCGCCUCUGGAAUUAUGAAUCAAACACUCUGGACCUGUUUAAGGAAUACCCAGAAGAGGCAUAUACAAUCAGCCUGCAUCCAUCUGGACACUUCAUUGUAGUAGGGUUUGCUGACAAACUACGCCUUAUGAAUCUACUCGUUGAUGAUAUACGUUCUUUCAAAGAAUACUCUGUCAGAGGAUGCAGAGAGUGUUCCUUUAGCAAUGGAGGUCACCUGUUUGCUGCAGUCAGUGGAAAUGUGAUUCACAUUUUUACCACCACAAGCCUAGAGAACAUCUCAAACCUGAAAGGACACACAGGGAAGAUCCGUUCCAUUGUGUGGAAUGCAGAUGACAGCAAACUGAUUUCUUGUGGCACAGAUGGUGCCGUGUAUGAAUGGAAUCUGUCCACAGGAAAGAGAGAGACAGAAUGUGUGCUCAAGUCCUGCAGCUACAACUGUGUUACUAUUUCCCCUGAUGCCAAAAUUAUAUUUGCUGUUGGAUCAGACCAAACCAUCAAGGAGAUUGCAGAUUCUUCCAUCCUUCGAGAGAUGUCGGCAUUCGACAUCACCUACACAACCAUUGCCAUCUCGCACUCCGGGCGUAUGAUGUUUGUGGGCACCUCGAUGGGAACCAUUCGUGCAAUGAAGUACCCUCUACCUCUGCAGAAAGAAUUCAACGAGUACCAGGCCCAUGCGGGUCCUGUCACCAAGAUGUUGCUCACCUUUGAUGACCAGUUCCUGAUGACGGCUGCCGAGGAUGGCUGCCUCUUUACCUGGAGGGUGUUUGACAAGGACGGGCGGGGAAUCAAGCGAGAGAGGGAGGUGGGCUUUGCCGAAGAGGUGCUUGUGACUAAAACAGACAUGGAAGAGAAGGCUCAGAUUAUGCUGGAGCUGAAGACACGGGUAGAAGAAUUAAAAAUGGAGAAUGAGUAUCAACUUCGACUGAAGGACCUGAACUACUCUGAGAAGAUUAAGGAACUAACAGACAAGUUCAUCCAGGAAAUGGAGUCCCUGAAAACAAAAAACCAGGUCCUAAGAACAGAAAAAGAGAAGCAGGAUAUUUCCCACCGUGAGCACAUGGAAGACCUCCUAGAAAAACAGAACCGGGAACUGCAAGACCUGGAAAGCUGCAACAACCAGAAGUUGCUUCUAGAAUAUGAGAAGUACCAGGAGUUGCAGCUCAAGUCCCAGAGGAUGCAGGAAGAGUAUGAAAAACAGCUUCGGGAUAACGAUGAGACCAAGAGCCAGGCCCUGGAGGAGCUGACUGAGUUUUAUGAAGCGAAACUGCAGGAGAAAACCACCCUUCUGGAAGAGGCCCAGGAAGAUGUCAGGCAGCAGCUGCGGGAGUUUGAAGAGACCAAGAAGCAGAUUGAAGAAGACGAAGACCGAGAAAUCCAAGAUAUCAAAACCAAGUAUGAGAAAAAGCUUCGUGAAGAAAAGGAGUCAAACCUGCGGCUCAAAGGAGAAACCGGCAUCAUGAGGAAGAAGUUCAGCAGCCUGCAGAAGGAGAUUGAGGAGCGGACCAAUGACAUUGACACCCUGAAGGGAGAGCAGGUGAAGCUGCAAGGAAUCAUUAAGUCCCUGGAGAAGGACAUCCAAGGCCUCAAGCGAGAGAUCCAAGAAAGAGAUGAGACUAUUCAAGACAAGGAGAAACGAAUUUAUGAUCUGAAAAAGAAAAACCAAGAACUAGAGAAAUUCAAGUUUGUGCUUGACUACAAAAUAAAGGAGCUGAAAAAGCAAAUAGAACCUCGAGAGAAUGAGAUCAAGGUGAUGAAGGAACAGAUUCAGGAGAUGGAAACUGAACUGGAGCGUUUCCAUAAGCAGAACACGCAACUGGAGCUGAACAUCACGGAAUUGUGGCAGAAAUUAAGAGCCACUGAUCAGGAGAUGCGCAGAGAGCGACAGAAGCCCUCCCUGAUUUCGGGCCCACGUACAUGUACGUGACUGAAGCCAUUUGGGACUAUGAUAAUACCUGGCUUUGGGUAAGGCAAUCAUGGUGUGGGAAGCCAGUUUCCCAGGGGCAUUUGGCUUGUUGGCCUAGGAAAAGACAUGCUCAGAGAGCGUGUUUGUAGUCACUGGUUUAAGGCUUUAAUUACCAUAAAAUUGCUGAGGCUAGGAGAGCCUGAAAGAUAAUCUCUUCCAGUCUCUUUAUGUUUCAAAUAAGGAAAGUAAGGUCAGAGAAAUAUGGAGGUUAGGAAACUUCACCAAGCACCCAUGGCUAGCUGUACACACAGAGCCAGCACUGGAAACGCAGUCUUCUCAGCCUAGGCCCUCACUCGGCAGCGCCCUCGUCCGCACCCUUGACCCCUAGCACAGCCCACUCCAUAAUGUGUUGGAGUAGGUUGGGUUUUUCCAUCCCCCUGCGUUAGGCAUCGGCUCUGUCCUAGGUAACACUGGAAGCUGCAGAGCUGCAAACAUGAGUGGAUGGAGAUCCUGACCUUCUCCCUCUGAAGAGGCUGGUAAUGGCGCCCAAUCAUGCACAAUAAUGGUAGUGCAAGGUGGAAAAUGACACAAUAUGUAGAAAGGGCUACGGGAGCAAAGGAAAGAGACUCUCUCCAGGCCAGGGCGUCGGGGAGGCGGGUAAGAGCUGUGUGUAGAGGCGGAGCCAGCCUGAGUGUGCAGAGGAACCAAUCCGCAGGCUGUGUGUUUUGUUCCCUGCCCGCUCACUGCCCUGCUCCUGGGUGUCGGGAAGAAUAAGCACUGGGUGAGCUAAUAAGGGGGACGUGGAAGCCCUGGCCAGGGAUCUGCGAGAGAAAUGGUGCCAUCUGUCUUGGCUCUAAAGGAAUAUGGGUGGCCACAUGAGCUCCCUUUCGUCCUUUAAGGCCUGUGGUCCUGAAAGGAAUCCAGAGCCAGUAAAGGAGCCCGU